AUGGCAAAUGUGUUGCAGCAUCAACAUCAGUCCAUGACUGUUGCUUAUGAUAUGCUUGAAUCUCUCAAAGAGAUGUUUGGUGAGCAAAAUUGUGCUGCAAAGCAGACGGCCAUGAAGGCUCUUUUUACCACAAAAAUAGUUGAAGGAAUUUUAAUGGAUUUAUCUCUUGCGAAACUGUUGAAUGAGAUGCAAGCGGCAGAAUCUAUCAUUAAGCAACAAGCUCCUCCUGCUGCGUUCAUGGUUGACAAGCCUUCAGCUUUGACUUCUAAGACGAAAGACGAAAAGGAAAAGAAAAAGAAAAAGAAACCUCGUAAGGUUUCAGGUGCUAAUGGUGGUGUGGCUAAGCCUAAGGGCAAAUGCUAUCAUUGCAAGCAACUGGUCAUUAUAUGA